GAAAAAACACCCCCACCACUCGCCCCCAGCUUAUAAAAACCCCAAAGCCACCCAUCGCCUGCGUCCUUGAACACAAUGUCUCGCUCCAGCGAACCCAACCACCAGUUCAGCCGCUGGCUGUCCCAGCCCCCGGAGGGCGACGAAGUCGUCGUGACCGGCAUGUCGGGCCGCCUCCCGGACUCGCUCCACCUGCACCACUUCCAGGACAACCUCUUCAACAAGGUGGAGAUGGUGAGCGACGACGACCGCCGAUGGAAGCUCGACCACAAGGAAAUCCCCCAACGCACCGCCAAAAUCCUCGACAUCGACAAGUUCGACACCGGAUUUUUCGGCCUCCACUUCCGCCAAGCCAACACCAUGGACCCCAUGAUCCGGAUGGUGCUGGAGUCGGCCAUGGAGGCCAUCUUCGACGCCGGGGUCAACCCCCGGGAGCUGGAGGGCACCAGGACCGGAGUCUUCAUCAGCGCCUCCUGGUCCGAUAUGGAGAACCGGACUUUGACGAGUAUCAGCGAACCGGAGCGGUACGGAAUCACCGGAUAUCUCCGGUCGUUGCUAGCACAGAGGAUUAGCUACUAUCUCAAGCUGAAAGGGCCCUCGUUUAUUGUGGAUACGGCGUGUUCCAGCUCCGGGAAUGCACUGGAACAUGCGUUCAAGGCCAUCCGGAGCGGGCAGUGCGACCAGGCGCUCGUUGGGUGCUCCAAUUUGUUGCUACAUCCCGGAAACUCGCUCCAGUUUUUCCGCCUCGGUGUGUUGAGCAGCGAAGGCAAAUGCCGCGUUUUCGACCAAGACGCCAGCGGUUACGUCCGUGGCGAGACCAUAGCUUGCGUUUUUCUCCAAAAAGCAAAAAACUCACGCCGAAUUUACGCCCAAAUCAUCAACGCCAAAAUCAACUCGGACGGUUUCAAAGAACAAGGAAUCACUUUUCCUUCCACCCAAGCCCAAAAAAUCCUAAUGACCGAAAUUUACGACGAAAGCAACGUCCAUCCAAACCAGCUGAGUUAUCUAGAAGCCCAUGGAACGGGCACCCAAGUGGGCGAUCCCCAGGAGGUGGAGGCAAUCGACUGUGCCUUGGCCAAACCCAGAAACAAAACACUACUUGUUGGUUCGGUUAAGUCAAGUAUUGGUCACACGGAACCGGCGUCUGGCAUUUGUUCGCUUAUUAAAGUCUUGUUGGCCAUGGAAAGUGGGCUAAUUAGCCCCAAUAUUAAUCUGAAACGCAUCAAAGAAGGCAUGGUGGGGUUUGAAAAACAAAGAAUGAAAGCUGUGACGGAAAUAACCGAACUUGAAGGAAAUGAAGCGAUUGUUGGAAUAAACAAUUUCGGGUUCGGUGGUAACAAUUGUCACGCGAUUGUUAAACGUUUUGGGAAAAUGAAAAAAAACGGGGGAUUCCCAGACGAUGAUUUGCCGAGACUUGUGUGCGUGAGUGGAAGAAGUGAAGAGGCCGUGGCGCAAAUUUUGAAUCAAGUUAAUUUGAAACUGGACGUUGAAUUUAACGCAUUGUUGCACGAGAUUUACAAAAAAGAUAUUCCGAAUCAUAUGUUUCGGGGAUUCACUCUUGUGGGCAAAAGCGGGCCUUUGGUGACGUCAGUAAAGCUCAGAAGGGCCUUAGACACACCUUUCUAUGUUUAUUUUGGACAAUUUGGACGGAACUAUAAAGUUCUAGGGCAGUUUUUAAUGGGCUUUCCGGUUUUUUGCGACACGAUUAAAAGAAUUAACGAAACCCUUUCGGGGAAAACCCCACCGCAAGCCUACCAACCCAUUCUCGGGUCUUUAAUCGUGCAGUUAGGCCUUGUUGACCUACUAAAAGCCUUAAACUUGUCACCUGUCAUUUACGGUGACAAUUGGGGAAAACUAGCAACUGCCUACUACUACAAAACGCUAACACUUGAAGAAUGCAUAAUCAGUGCUACCAACAACCACGGGAAAACCCCCGAUUUCGCCCCGGAAUUACCAAACGGCCAACUUCGAUCCGACUCUCUAACACAUGACACGCUCUUAAAUCUAAAAAACGCUUUCAUUUUAAACGUCUCUGAUUCGAAUUUAAACAACCGUGACGUCAUGAUCACAGACGGCAUCAAAAUUAACUUCCUUGAGACCAUUGGACGGUUGUACGAGUUAGGCCACACCCCUCAACUUAACCAAUUGUAUCCAAAAGUCGAGUUUCCCGUAAGUCGUGGCACUGGCAUGAUCUCGCCAUUGGUCAAGUGGAACCAUGACAGGAGCUGGUACACUUACAAAUUUCGCGAAUUUACCAUAACAGAUGCUGAGCAACGCGAUUAUUUCAUCUCGUACGUCUACGAUGAGUACAAGUUUAUGCAAGGGCACGUGAUUGACGACCGGAAUUUGUUCCCGGCUACCAAGUAUUUGACUCUAGUUUGGGAAACUUUUGCCCAAAGUCGCCGCCUACUGCCUGAGGACGUGUCAGUUGUUUUUGAAAAUUGCCGUUUUGUGCGAGCUGUCACAAUGCCCAAAACUGGCUUUGUUAAACUCCUAGUCACAAUAGGGCUUGGGAAUGGUAAUUUUGAAGUUUUGGAAAAAGACACGUUAGUUGUGAGCGGAAAAAUAAGAACUUUGGAAGAAACAAACCAAAAAGAAACCGACUUUGGGCCAAUUGAUUUAGGUAGUGACUGUACUCAAAUUUUGGAGCACGACGAAAUCUAUCGCGAGUUGUACUUGAGGGGUUAUAACUACAGCGGUUUGUUCAAAGGUAUAGCCAAGUGUAAUGUGGAAGGGUCGUCCGGUUUGGUCAAAUGGGAGGAGAAUUGGUGCACUUUUACCGAUAAAAUGCUACAGUUGAAGAUUUUACAGAAUGAUACGAGAUUGUUGUAUGUUCCCGUGGGAAUACAAAAAAUGGUUAUUAAUCCGGUUAAGCAUAAAAAAUUUGCGGAACAGUUGGGAGGUGAGGAGGCUUUAAUCCCGGUCUAUUGCUACAAGGAUGCCAACGUUAUCAAGUCCGGCGGGAUCGAGAUUUUGGGUCUCCAAGCCAAAUCAAUCGCUAAGAAAAAACAACGUCUGGAACCGGUUCUGGAAAAAUACCAAUUCGUUCCAAACUCCACCACUUUAAGCCUCGGUGACUCGAUCCGAGUCAAUACUCAAAUAAUCAUCGAAAAUUCGCUUGAAAGUCACUUCAAGUCGGUGGAAAUUCUGGACGAAACGUCACAAUUAACCCCUUUAUCACCCCUAUUUUGCAAGUCACUUGAUGAUGUUCCCGUAAUUACACCAAAUGUGAUAAUUUCCACUAAAAAAACACUCGAGGAAAUUCCGGGCGUGAAAAUCGAAGAUUUUGUUCUAACUCCUGAGAGCAAUUUACUGUUAAUUAUCGGAACAAAACUCUUACAAAGACCAACAAUUCCGAAGCUUUACUUCCAAGCUUUGAGCAGUAAAGGUUUUCUAAUCUCACGCGAAUCCAAAGAUUUUCAUUCGGAAAACAUCGAGAAUCUGGAAAUUCUCACCGAAUUCACAACUUCGGACGAGAAACUCAUCAUGUUCCGGAAGAAUUGCGCAAUUCCCGUGCCACAUUUCGUAAAAAUCGGCCCGGAAACGUUUGAUUGGUUACCGGAAUUGCAAAAGUCGCUUAAAAACCACGACAGUGUGAUUGCUUUUGCGCAAAACGAAACUCCGGAGGGAAUUCUGGGGCUGGUCAGUUGUUUGCGCCCGGAACCGACCGGAAAUAAGGUCCGGUGUUACUUCCUGAUGGACGAAAGCCCGGAAUUCGACCCGGAAAAUUCACUCUUUGCCGCACAAAUUCGUAAAGAUUUGGCCUUCAAUGUUUACAAGGAUGGCACCUGGGGGACGUACAGACACUUGCUUUUGGAGGAGUUGGAGGAGGUGGAGAGUGAGCAUUGUUACGCCAAUGUGACAGUGAGGGGGGAGUUGGGGAGUUUGAAGUGGCUGGAGGGGCCCAUGAGGAAGGAUUCGGUCAUUAAAAAAGGAAAUGUUAUGAUUUUGAAUUAUUACGCCACCAUUAAUUUCAAGGACGUGAUGUUGUCGUCUGGACGCAUCAAUGUCGAUGUUAUCACCAGUGAUAGGAGGGAGCAGGAGUGUGCCAUCGGUUUUGAGUUUGCAGGAAGGGAUUUGAGGGGGCGCCGUUUAUGCGGAAUGACCGACAACUCGGCUUUUUCUUCGCACAUUUCCGCCGACCCGACGCUUUUAUGGGAAAUCCCCGAUUCUUGGAGCCUCGAAGAUGGCGCCACUAUUCCCGUCGUCUACGGUACCGUCCUGUACGCCCUCCUCAUGGUCCGCAAACUCAGACCAGGAAGUUCAAUUUUAAUCCACUCAGCGACUGGCGGAAUAGGCCUAGCGGCCAUUAACGUAUGUCUUUACUACAAGUGUCAAAUCUACCUCACAGUGGGCACGCAAGAAAAACGCGACUAUUUGAGGAAAAUGUAUCCUCAAAUACCUCAAACUCGCAUUGGCAAUUCACGCGAUACUUCCUUUGAGGAAAUGAUCAAACGGGAAACAAACGGGCGUGGAGUUGACAUAGUUUUGAAUUCUUUGAGUGAGGAGAAAUUAAUGGCGUCGGUCCGGUGUGUGGCUCCUGGGGGCCGUUUUCUGGAAAUUGGGAAAUUUGACCUUGCUAAUAACACCCAAUUGGGGUUAUUAAUGAUGGAGAAAGGAAUUAGUUAUCAUGGGGUUAUGCUUGACCAGAUUUAUAAUAACAGCCCAGAAUUGAAACGUGAAUUGUCCCAGAUUGUGUCCGAUGGUAUAAAAAUUGGGUUCAUUAAACCCUUACCACGGGUUGUUUUCAAACGCGAGGAAAUCGAAGCCGCCCAUCGUUACAUGAUGACUGGGCGUCAUAUGGGCAAGGUCAUGCUCAAAAUCCGGCACGAAGAACCAAAAACUGCGCACAUCCCAAAUGAUCAAUUGUUCAAAGUUCAUCCACGGUUCUAUGCCAAUGGGAGCAAAGUCUACAUUAUCAUCGGAGGCCUUGGAGGCGUAGGUUUAGAGUUAGCUGAUUGGUUGGUACUCAGAGGUGCCACAAAACUGGUACUUGUAUCACGUCAUGGCGUCACAACUGGGUACCAAAACCAACGCCUAACCAUAUGGAAGUCAUACGGUGUCCAAGUCGUGAUUUCCACCCAUGAUAUUACCACGAAACUUGGUUGCCUUCAAUUAAUCAAGCAAGCGGCGACCAUGGGCCCCAUUGAUGGUAUUUUCAACCUUGGGGUGGUUUUAAAAGACGCUCUAUUCGAAGACCAAAACGAAGAAAGUUUCAAAUUAUCACGCGCGCCUAAAUCAACAGCCACUCGAUUCUUAGACGAAAUCACACGAGUGUCAUGUCCGGAAUUGCGCCAUUUUGUCGUGUUUUCGUCAGUGGCGUGCGGACGCGGAAAUGGCGGACAAACCAACUAUGGCAUGGCCAACUCGAUUAUGGAGCGAAUUUGCGAAAAAAGGAAAAAUAAAGGGUUCCCGGCCUUGGCCAUCCAAUGGGGAGCAAUCGGUGACGUCGGUUUAGUUGCUAAGAUGCAGAAGGAGAAUCGCGAGCUAGUGAUUGGCGGGACAUUGCAACAAAAAAUCUCAAGUUGUUUGGAAGUUUUGGACCGUUUCCUGAAACAGGGGAAUCCCGUAGUUUCGUCAAUGGUCGUAGCGGAAAAACACAACCGGAAUGAAAACCUCAGUGCUGUAGAAGCCGUUGCUUUAGUUUUGGGAAUCAAAGACAUAAAAACAGUCAGUCAACAUGCGACUUUAGCCGAGUUAGGAAUGGACUCCAUGAUGGGAACCGAAGUAAUACAACUUCUCGAAAAAGAGUACGAAAUUUAUAUCACAGCUAAGGACGUCCGCAGCCUCACAUUUGCCAAGUUGCGGGAAAUUGAAGCCGACCGAAGCGAAGUGAAAGCGAGUGACACUAAAACGUCCAAAGGCACCAACUUGCUAAUGAAAUACAUCCCUGACAGCAAAACUAGUCAUCUGCCAAUAAUAAGGCUCGAAAGCCGCGUAAAGGAAAGUGCAAACGCCCCCACUAUUUUCCUAUUGGCUGGAAUUGAGGGCGUUUUCCACCCUUUAGCCAACUUGACGAAAAACCUAAACGCCCACAUUUUCGGGGUCCAGUACGAUUACAACAACCCUGAGGACACCAUAACUGAGGUGGCCCUUAAACUACUACCUCACAUCGAAGCCAACUUGCCCCAAAAUAGGCAAUUCAAGAUCAUUGGCUACUCGUUUGGGGCCGCUGUGGGGCUCGAGGUCGUGUCACUUUUGGAAAAAAUGGGGCUAAAGGGCAAAAUGGUCACAAUUGACGGUUCGCCCUCUUACUUAACUGCCUCAGCUAAGGAGUAUCUCCCAGAGGUGGACGAAGCCGAGUUCCAGACGGCUCUAAUCUUCAAAAUUCUGGCAGUAUUAGUACCAAUUGAUCUUCUAGUUGCUUUCAAAGAUAAGUUACUCAAGUGUAAAGACAUGAACGAGCGCUGUGACCUGGUACUUGAAAUGCUCCCAAUUGAGGUGGAAAUCAAGCAAAAAAUGGAAAAACAAGCAGCCUUGACGCUGUACAAACGAUUUAAGGCCGUAAUUGGCUACAAGUUCGAACACGAGAAGAUAAAAUCACCGGUGCAUUUAGUUAAAGCCAAGUUUGCAAUGGUCAAUGAAGAAGACGACUAUCAGUUAUCGAAAUGUUGUGAAAGUGUCGAGUUUAGUACAGUUAAUGGCGACCACGGCACAAUUUUGGACCAGGAGGAGCUAGUGAAAAAAGUUGAGGGGUUUUUACUUUAACAGAAAUAAAGUUUUUGUAGGAAAA